UUCGCCUUUAGAUCAGAGGAUACCAUGUUCGAAGCCAAAAAUUCAAACAAGUUCGAAGCCCUUACCAGUGCAUUUGUGCGAGUGCGUAUCGCAGGGAAAAACAUUUAACGGCAAUUACUCCAAUCCAGUGAUGUAGUUGCUCUACAGGCGUACCCGAUGUUGAAUCCUGACACACACACGAACAGGAUAUUGCCGCAACAGCAGGGCCUAGCAAUUGGUGAAAACAAUAACACCAUAGGCACCACAGCAUUGGUACUGUACAAACAUGCAAUAUUAUUCAAUUUAGUGACUUGUUCGCGUUCGCGCUUGGUGUAAAAAGAGAGUCAGUCGUCUUGUACAUUGAAGUAAUAAGGAGAUAUAAGAAUUUUACCACAGGCAGAAUUUAAAGAUAAGGUAAUUUACAUUUAUUCAAAUAGUGAUCCCAUGAUAAUAUCACAGUAUUCCGACUGGCAUUAUUCGUCACGCAAGGAUAACUCGUAUAGAAAGUAUUCAUUCGAUAUGCUACUUUGAGCAAACACGCUAUUCUACUAUGGCGGCUACUCGCAACAAGGUUUUGCAAGAGAGUUAUUAGCAACAGGUGGUAUAGUAGUGUGAGGGAAGAUGGGACACCCCUAGAACAUAAUAUCCAAAUAUCGUGACCGUAUUUUAAACAAUUAACAACGGUCUAUGUGAGUUGUGAGAAUACAGUUUUAUAAUUUUUUGAAUGUUCAUUGUUUACUGUAUACCAAACGGUGCGAGAAAAAACGAAAAGUUGUCCCACCUUGCUAUAGGAAUUUGACUUCAGGCAGAAAUUAAAAAUGGAAUUAAAAAGUUCGUACCAAGAUAUCGAAAUACCAAAACGAAACUUUGUAAAGUAUAUUUUGGAAACAAUUGAAGAAUAUGGAAGUUCAGCGGCUUGGAUUGACGACGACAACGAUGGAAAAGUUUAUUCAUUUACUACGAUUCGUGAAUCGGUUUUAAAAUGCAGCGACUCGUUUCACAAAGAUGGCGUUCGUCGUGGUGACGUGAUUGUUGUGAUGGGAAAGAACAAACCAGAGCAAAGAAUUCUUAUACUUGCUGCCAUGUAUUGCGGGGCGGUGGUGUUCCCUUGUAAUUAUCUGUCUUCAGCAGAAGAACUGCGACGACGGUUCAAAAUACAGAAACCAGAUGUAUUCAUUGUCGAUACAUGGUGCUUUGAAAUACUGAAUGACGUCAGAGGGGAAGUACCCGACAAUAAGAUAUACGUCAUAGGUGAAUCAAGCAAGCACAAGACGUAUUACUUGACAAUGGAUCACUUGACGAAGCUUCGAGAAUAUCUACCAGCGCAGAAGAUGCAAUUAUCAUGCUAGCUUGUUCUAGUGGAACUACUGGCCCACCGAAGAUAACUCAAAUCAACAGUUAUUCUGUUGAAGCUAGUUUGGCAAUGCUAAAAUUAUCGUACAAACCGUCCCGGUCAAACGUCUUGUACUCAAUGGGGUCAAUGUAUCACAUCAGUAUGUUGCAUAAUAUACCUGAGUAUCUUAUCCAAGGUUCCACCUUUGUCUUCACUCACAACCCUACCGCUCAUUCAAUGUUAGCUGCCAUUGAAAAAUACAAGGUAACAAGCAUAUUUGGGAUACCCUCUAUACUAGUUGACGUCAUCAACAGUGACGUAGCAAACGAUUAUGACCUCACAACCUUGAAUUACAUCUCAGUAUCUGGUGCUUCCUUUGCGGAAGAAUUGAUUUCACGUUUAAAAACAAAGUUUCAAAAUGCUUCCAUUAUUGAUGAAUAUGGAAUGACAGAAGCAUAUGUUCUAACGGUUGCAAACCAAGCUCUGUUAGUGGAUGGCUCGCACGGGUUGGUUGCUCCUAACACUAAGUUGAAGGUGGUGGAUUGCGAUACCGGGAAUAAUUUGGGACCAGGACAGUAUGGAGAAUUACGUUUCAAAGGUCCGCAGAUAAUUUCAAAGGGAUAUCUUGGAAACGAAGAAGCAAAUAAAGCUUUAUUCGAUGACGACAACUGGUUGAGGACAGGGGACUAUGGUUGCUAUGACAACGAUGGCAAUGUUUACGUCAGAGGAAGGAUUAAACAUCUCAUUAAAUACAAUGGAAUAGUGGUUAUCCCGACAGAGCUUGAGUUUGAGCUUCACAAGCAUCCACAAAUCGAUGACGUUGCGGUUAUAGGGGUUACAGGUGUAGUAGGGUACGAGGGGGAAGUCCCAAAAGCGUUCAUCGUGGCUCGCGUUGGUAAUGACUUGAAUGAGGAAGACGUGCAUCGGUAUAUGAAAGGUCGAUUAUCUGACUACAAGCAACUACACGGAGGAGUUGAAUUCAUGAAGGGCUUACCGAAAUUAUCCAAAGGAAAAAUUAUGAGACAAAAACUAAAAAGUUAACGUGCUUACUUGUAUAGCGGUUGAGUGUGUUUCGAGCACAGAUGUAUAUCAUAGUUUUCCAAAUUAACUUAAUGCAUAAAGAUCGAAUAUUAAACAGUCGUGUUGCGUAACUAUUACAUCUGGCGUAACUAUGUUUAAGAUUGAGCGAUACAGUUACCACUCAACCGCUACACAUGUAAUGCUUAUAGGAACGUCCAUACAUGUUGGCCGCUUCAUUUCGGAAUGCAGCAGUUUUUAAACUAAUGGUUAUUAACGUAUUGCCUAAUUUGCUGCGUAGAACGUAAUAAAUAGGAGGUUUAAUU